AUGAGAUUCUCGAUCCUCGCUCUGUUCGCCUUGGCCUCGGCUGCCUUGGCCCAGGAGAGUACCAGUCAGGAUCCGGGUCCGUCCCCCACUGCAUCUGUCGGGUGUGAGCCGCACGGAGACCACUGGCACUGCGAUGGUCCCGCAUCAACAUCAGAGACCGCCACCCCAGCAGUUCCAAGCCCAACCGAAUCUGUAGGCUGCGAGCCGCACGGCGACCACUGGCAUUGCGACGGCCCCGCCUCGACCACCGCCUCGGCCACAACUACGGGCACGCAAUCACACACGGAUGAGGCCGAUGCCACCGCAACUCCAACUAAGCCCAGUCCAACUGAGUCGGUUGGUUGUGAGCCUCACGGCGACCAUUGGCACUGUGACGGCCCUGCUGAGACGGGGGCCUCGACAUCGGGUGGCAGCAGCUCGACUGGCAGCAGCACAAGCACUGCUGCAGCUGCUUCAGGUACCGGAUCGACUGAGGACAAUGCGGCCGGGGACGUGGGUGUUCGACUUGGCGUUGCGGUCGGGUUGGCGCUGGGAGUUGCGGCAUUGCAACUUUGA